CAUAAGUCAUAUAUCACCAUUAAAGUUUACUGACCCCCAUAAAUAUCUCAGUUGGCGUCAGGUGUCCCAGAUUUUUGUCGGCAAACAACUUGUCAAACACAACGGAACCGCACACUUCGCAAUACACAAGCAUUGCAUGGGAGGGCAAGAUGCGCGCGCCGCCGUAUUUGUUGCUCGUCGUCGCUUGCGCAGUGGCCAGUGAGACUAGUGUCAAUGAAGAAAGAGGUUCCAAAUUGCCCUAUGUUGCCGAUGCAUUGGGAAAUGAAUUGCCUCGACCGUCGAGCCUCCCUGCGACUGUUGGAAGCCCAGUGAAUCUUCUUACACCGGACAGAUACGAAUUCUAUACUUUUGACGAAUCUGGAGAGCUAGUGAAGAGGCUCAUGACAUUGGAAGAAAUACAAGCUAUAGUCGCAGCAGGUGAAGAAGCAGAAGGCUUGGUUACUUUUGCUAAUGACAAUCAACCAACCAUUGCUUUUAACUUCAGCCAACCACCAUACAACAAAGUUCACAAUGUCGUCACAAACGUACAAAAUGUUCUCAAAGCUCAAAUGGAAGCCCACAAAAAUAAACCCAAUUUUCAGCCCACUUUAGAUACACCAGAUGUUUCAGAUUCUUGGAGUCUCAUUUUACCAUCCAUAUUUGGCAACACAGGUGGUGAUAUCGGACCUGACAAAAUACAUAACACUGGAACAUUCACAACGCCAGAGACUGAAACUAUUGAAUUAGAUCAUUCUAAUAAUUUAGACUAUUCAUUGAGCAAAGAAGACAGUAAUCAUAUUCUUACAAGUUCUAGCACAGCACCAGAGGACGAAGAGAAAUCAGACGAAGUGCUUGUUACUGAAAAAAUUACGAAUACUAAAACACAAUUUAAAAAUGAAGCUAUAACAACUACUUCUACAACUAAAACUACUACAACUUCAACCACACUAAAACCAGUCUACGUUAAACCAACAACUACAACCACAAAAAAACCAACAACUACAAGAAAGUUGACCACUGUACCACGACCUCUAACAACAACAACUCGGCCGACGGUAACAUCAAGUACUCCUAAAAUAAAAAUUACAACUAGAUCACCAAGUGUUACGAAAACACCUACUUCGACAAAAGUAUCAAUUACAACAAGAGUACCAAGUACAACAAAAGUAUAUAGUACAACCAAAGUGCAGAGUACAAGUAAUAUUACUGAUACAGAUAAAGCGCAGACCACGAAUAGUAAACUUAGUACUACUCAAACAAGACCAGCUACUGUAACAGCUACUACAAAUAAAAUAAAGACAACUACUAAUAAACCUACCACUUCAACGCAACGAUUGCAAACUACUACAACUACAAUGAAACCAAAAAUUACAACUACUGUUAAGCCAAUUACUACAACACCUGCAAGAAUUGCCACGACGACCCUAAAACCAACUAUUACACAAAAAAUAACAGAUAAUAUUCCCACAUCUAAUCUAAUUAAUUCAGAAUAUCCUUCAACUGAAUCUACGACGAUAAAAUAUGAGAAAAUAAGUACAUUUAUUCCUGUAUCUACAUUUUCAUAUAUAACAGAGAAGACUUUGUCAAAGCAAACACAGAGUGCACCAGUAGAAAUUACUGCUAAUACGAAUGAAAUGUCAUUCCCUAAUAACACGACUCCUGUAUCAGAAACAAAGUUUAGUUUUACUACACCGCCCACAAGUAACUUCAUUUUCAUUUUGCCUUCUACACAGAUGCCAGACAGUGAAACUGAAAGCGAUAAAAUAAAUUCAACUACAAUAACUACCCAAUCUGUUUCCCCAUCUACCACAGCCUCUUCAACAAUGCUUUUGUCUAGUGAAAAGAUUUUUGUACAUCAACAAACGACAGAUAAUCCAAGCUCUGGAGACGAGUCAAGCAUACCAUUAUUUGAUGUUGCUCAAAGUAUUAGUCAAAUAGCUUCAGAUCUGGGGCAAAAUUAUAGACCUAUUCCAACGUCUAGUAACUUGUUAGAUAAAACAAAAAUAAGUAGCGUUGAUUUAGAAAGUAAAGAAAAUUUUGAAAUUGAUAUACCCAAUGACUCAACAAACGUUACAAACGCGGUAACUUCGCAUAUUACAACUAAUAAUAUUGAUAAUUUUGUGAAAAUUUCUACUUUAGAUCCCCAUGCGUCAAAUGCAAAAAAGGAGCCAGAAGAAUCCGUGAUUCAAAAUAGAAACGAAAAUAUUACAGAUAAAACUGAAUUGACAACUGUAACAGCCACUGAAAAACCUACGACAGAUCCAUUUUUAUCAGAAUCAAUGAGUGACUUAUUGUCUCAAGUGGUAGAUGAUAGUAUACAAAAAACUAUUACUACGUCAGAGAAAAAUAAAAAUGAAGAAGUAAUAAUUUCUACUGUAGCUCCAAAAAUAGAUGAAACAACAACUGAUAUAUCAAUUGUUAGUACUACUAACGUUAUACAAGUAGAAACAGAAAAAGAAACUAGUGGUCCGGUUCAGAAUUUGAACAUAACAUAUGUAGAAAAACCUAACAAAAUAAAUGACACAAUUAUUGGAAAUCAAGAAAAUGUUGAGAGUGUUACAAAAGUUAUAGUUAGUAAUGUUUCCACUGAGAGCACAAUAGAUAAAAUUAAAAAUGAUUUACAUAUUUCGGAACCAAGUGAUAUCAAAAAUGUAUCAAUGACUGGUCCAAAAAAUUCAAGCUUAGAAAAUGACAACAAUAAAAGUGAAAUCACAUCUACUUCAAAAGUUGCCCUGAUUGAAAAACAAACGGAAAGCAAUAAAAAGAUAUUUACUACUGACUCACCGUUUAACGUAAAAUUUGUGACAAUACCUUCAAUAUCAGGAGAGACAGUAGAAACUUCUACACAUGCGGAACCUGUUCGAAAUAAGUUUGAGACAUCUAGUUAUAUUAACAAAUUAAAUAAAGAAAAGAUAAAAUUACCUGAACUCCUACCUAAAAUUGAUGAUUUUAAAAAGAAAAUUCAGAAAGUUAACAUAGAUGAUAAAGAACUAGCCGCAGAACGUAAUAAUUCAUGGAAACUUAUUCCAACAGUUACUCCUCCUAAAAGUAAUGACAUCUCAAAAGAUAAAGUAAAGGAUCAUCCUGCAGAAAAUAAUUCCCAUAAAGACAUAGUGCUGGAAUUUUCAAAAGAAAACCAAGGCUUAGCAGUAACUACAAAAGAUUUAGGAGAAGAUAUUGCUCAAUUUACUGAAUUGUGCAAUGAAUUAGCUUUUAGGUAUUGGAACACAAUUGUUGGAAAUAUAGAUAAAAAAAGAAGUUUUGUUCUGUCACCAUAUUCUAUAACAUCAAUGUUGGCUAUGAUGUUCAUGGGAGCGAGAGGUGCCACAUCCGGAGAAAUGAAUGAAGUAUUGAAACUUGAUGAUAUGGUGACUUUUAAUCCUCACUUUACACUCAAAAAUAUAUCGGACUCUAUAGAAACUUCUCCCGAGUCUGGUAUCAGUGUUUCAGCAUUUAUAAGAGAACUAUAUAGCGACAAAAAUAAAGGAAAAGUUCUGAGAUUUUACAAAGAAAGGGCUCAACAAUUUUACAACGGACAUGUGGAAGAGAUCGAUUUCAAAUUGAUCGGAGACAAGAUAAGAAGAAGAACUAAUUUGCUCGUGAAAAGAUAUACUUGGGGCAAAAUGUCAGAAUAUAUCAAGACUAGUACCAUCAAUAUGCAACCUCCAUUAGCAGCAUUUUCUGCAAAUAUAUUUGAGACGGAUUGUUCAGGAUCAUCAGUUGAAGGCAGAGACGGAGAAAUGUAUUUUGUCGUAUCACCAAAUGUUCGUCAAAGACGAUUGGUUCCGGUACCAGCUGUUGUCUACAGAAGCGGAUUCUUAGCCGGCUAUGACCCAGUCCUUGAUGCUACAGCUGCUGCUUUGGGCAAUACUGACUCCAUUGUCAGCACUUUAUUCCUCAUGCCUGGACAACAAGGAAAUGUUGUCCACUCUGAAGAUUUAGAAGCCUUAGAAAAACGAAUAUUGGAUGCUAAUCCGUCAACUCCAGCAUGGAAUCGUUUACUGCGCACGCUCCUUCCACGAAUUGGUUUAGAAUUACAGAUACCAAGAUUUUCCCAUAAAUCUAUGUUCAAUGUUUCAUCAACACUUAGAAAAAUGGGGUUAAAAGAUCUAUUCGAUCAAGAACAUGCUGAUUUAGGUGGUCUUAUUGGACCGUCGAAAGAUCUUUAUUUGUCGGAUAUGAUUCAGUCAACGACAUUUGUCACAUGUGGUGAAGGAAUAGUAGCAGAUCAACACCACAUAGAGGAGUACCCUGAGACACUGGAACCGGUAUCCAGGCGGCGGUCGUCACGAUGGGCGCAUGACUGGGAUGAGCCCCGUGAUUACCAGAGGGCUUUCCAUGAUCCACACGAUGUUGGAGACGCUAUGCAUUUGCCAUUACACCUCAGGCCAAGACAAGCUCGAUUGCCAUCAAGAAAUGCACAACCAGCGCGUUUAAAAUUCGACCGACCAUUUUUGUACUUCGUCAGACACAAUCCAUCAGGCAUGAUCCUGUACGUUGGACGAUACAAUCCACGGCUAUUGCCUUGAAAUUAAUUCAAAAGACUGUUUAAUUAGUGUAAUUAAUUCCUAAAAGGAAUGUGAUAAGGGAUAUACUGGCGCGAGUGAUAUUGAUGAUUGUGUAAAUUCAUGAGAGUUUACGUGACAGUAUUAUGUUUAAGAAUAUUGGUACAGUAACAUUCUUAUAGGUAGGUAUACAAGCGUAACCGAAUGUAGAACUCGUACCUAUAUCUUAAUUACAAUGUGUGUACAAAAAAUAAAAUAGUUUAUCAUUGCUGAAUGUCUGCGUAGUUUGUAUGUUAUUAAAUACAUAGU